UAGCUAAAAGCCCGGUGCACAAAUUCCCGGGCCAUCCACACCACACCACACCACAAUUUUUGGUGUCUUAAAAACAGUACUAGUCGACUAGUCGUAGUUGUAGACUUGUAUAGUGUUUGACUGCUGCCUGUGUUGUGUAUAUUUGUGCUUGUCAAUUAGACUAUACGCUACUUACUAGCAGCAAGUAAACAUGGAUUUCUCAUCGAUAGCUGGGGAGCCAGUUGUUUCAGCUCAAUGGCUCCAUCGCAAUCUCCAACACCCUUCUUUAAAGGUACUAGAUGGCUCAUGGUAUAUGCCAACUGAGAAAAAAGAUCCACUGCAAGAGUAUCAGAAAUCCCACAUUCCAGGUGCCCUAUUCUUUGACAUUGAUAAAAUAUCAGAUCCGACUACAGAACUUCCACACAUGUUACCAUCAGAAGAAGCUUUUGCUGCUGCAGUUUCUGCUCUUGGUAUCAAAAAUGAAGAUGGUGUUGUUGUUUAUGAUGGCAAGGGAAUUUACAGUGCAGCUCGUGUGUGGUGGAUGUUUCGAGUUUUCGGGCAUGAAAAUGUUUGGGUGUUAGAUGGAGGGAUGCCAAAAUGGCAUGAUUUAACAUUUGAUGUUGAAUCCAGUGCUUCAAAUGAUGCUAUUGUAAAAGCUAGUCUCGCACAUGAAGCAAUAGAGAAAGUAUACAAAGGAGAGUUGGUUCCGCCUUUUACAUUUCAGACAAAAUUGCAGCCCCAUCUUGUCUGGACACAUAAACAGAUUCAAAACAACAUGGAGGAGAGAUCUCAUCAACACGUAGAUGCUCGUCCAAAACCAAGGUUUGAUGGGGUUGCACCAGAGCCUCGCAAGGGAAUAAGAAGUGGCCAUAUACCAGGAAGCAAGUGCAUUUCCUUUUCAGAGAUGAUGGAUGACUCACAAACCCUCUUAUCAUUAGAGAAGCUCAAAGAAAAGUUUGAGUUAAAAGGCAUCACUUUGGAUGCUCCUAUUAUGAUCUCAUGUGCCACUGGUGUAACUGCCUGCAUUCUUGCACUGGGUCUCCGUCGUCUCGGAAAAACCAAUAUUCCUGUAUAUGACGGAUCAUGGACUGAAUGGGUAACACACCCGGAUACUCUCAACAUCGUAGAAGUUGCUGAAACCUUGUGAGAAUUUAGAUAAGAAGCACAAGUGGUUUGGUCAAUAUUAGUCCCCACUCGAUAGUGCUUGUGGCAUGUGUAUUUGAAGCGAAAGAAUCUGGAUAUUUUUCAUAUAAUUUUUGUGAAUACAUUCAUAUUUAAAUAAAAUUGACAUGGAGGGGAUCCUCCUGUUUUGGCAUAUAUAA